UACCUUUCAAUAUCAUCUCGUUUUAACCAAAGACAAAACCUGAGGAAAAUAACAAAAGUAAACAAAAACGCGUAAUUUCUGAUCCAAACCCAUGAAAAAAGGUACGGAUGUUGGAAAAGGUACGGAUGUUGGAAAAGGUACGGAGGUUUGAGUUCGGUACGGGUUUUGGGUUUGAAUUUGCAAUUUUAGAACUGUGGAUUUUUGGAAAGGAAAGAUAUUCAGGAAUCAUUCUACGGGAAACAAGACACUUGAAUAUAAGAGGUAGGAAUAACGAUGCCAUCAUUAGAAGAGGGAGCAUCGUUGACGUCGUCGUCUGUGAGCUUAUUGAAGACCAUUAUUGGGGCAGGACUUAUGUCAAUUCCAUUGAGUUUUUCCACUGAUGGAUAUAUUUUUGGAUCGAUAAUUAUAAUAUUUGCUGCUUUAACAUCAGGGUUUGGGUUGUUUUUACAAGCGUACGUGAGUAAGUUUGUGCCAAGGGGCCAUGCCACCUUCUUCAACUUAUGUUCAAUUACUUAUCCAAGUUUAUCGGUUGUAUUUGAUCUAGCUAUUGCAAUUCAAUGUUUCGGAUGUGCCAUUUCGUAUUUAGUACUUGUUGGAGAUUUGAUGCCCACGAUAGUUGAGGAUAUUUCCUUUGUUGAUGAAUCGAAUUAUUCCAAGUUUUGGGUAUUGGCAAGCUCAGUUAUUUGUGUGCCAUUGUCUUUAUUGAAAAAUUUGGAUUCCUUGAAAUAUACCUCAAUUCUUGGUUUAGGAGCAAUUGCUUAUUUGACUUUAUUAGUCGUUUUUGAAGGACUCUUUGGCGAUUUUCCCAAUGAUUCUAAAGGAGAUUUGACUGCGGGUCCUCCAACAGUGAGUGGAGUUUUCAGUACAUUUUCCAUCAUUGUAUUUGCAUUUACCGGACAUCAAAAUAUGUUUUCGAUUAUUAAUGAGGCAAGAGACAAAUCCUUAUCAAAUUUAACCAAAUUGAUAACUUUUGCAAUCUCAUUAUCUACUGGGUUGUUCAUACUUGUUGGAUUAACCGGUUAUUUCACUUUUGGUAAUAAAGUUGGUGGUAAUAUUGUUUUAAGUUAUCCAUCUACUUGGGCUACAACUUUAGGCAGGUUUGCCAUUGUAUUCAUGGUGAUUUUUUCAUUCCCAUUAAUGAUCCAUCCUGCUAGAAUAUCAGUUAAUAAUAUUUACUAUUGGUUUAAAUUGAAAUUUAACUCUAAUGAUACUCCAACAAAUGGUCCAAAUGAAACUUCUAAUUUAUUAGAAGCCCAAAAUGAUUCAAAUAAACCUUCGUUUGUUGUUCCAUUUCCGAAUAAAGUUUUUUAUACAAUUUCUGUUUCUUUAUUAUUAGUUGGUUAUUAUUUAGCAGUCACUGUUAAAUCAUUUGCAUUAGUUUUAGCAAUCGUGGGUGCUACUGGAUCAACUGCCAUUUCAUUUAUAUUACCAGGUUUAUUUGGCUAUACAUUAGUUGGAUCUGAUGUUGAUGUUUUAACCAACAAACACAAGACAUUGAAAAAUGCUUCAUUAUUCUUAGUAAUUUGGGGGUUUGUCGUUAUGGUUCUUUGCUUAUACGUUAGUUUAGUAUUAGACCCCGCGUAAACUACAUCGUGUUCUAUGAAGAGUACAACUAUUUUAAUACAAACAAAUCAAAUGACAUACGUAUUGUAAGAGAUAUAUGUUUUUAAGUAUACUUUUUUUUUUAUUUGAAAUCAAA